UUUUGAGUAUUUUGUCAUGUCUGGACGCGGCAAGCAAGGUGGCAAAGCUCGCGCCAAGGCAAAAUCGCGCUCCUCUCGGGCUGGUCUGCAGUUCCCUGUGGGCCGUGUACAUAGGCUUCUACGAAAAGGCAGCUAUUCCGAGCGAGUAGGAGCUGGAGCACCCGUAUAUUUGGCCGCUGCAUUAGAGUAUUUGACAGCCGAAAUCUUGGAACUAGCUGGCAACGCGGCUCGGGACAACAAGAAGACUCGUAUUAUUCCCCGACAUCUUCAGUUGGCCAUACGCAAUGACGAAGAACUCAAUAAACUGCUAGGCAAAGUCACAAUUGCUCAGGGUGGCGUUCUGCCUAACAUUCAGGCAGUGCUACUACCCAAGAAAACUGAAAGUCACUAUAAAAUUAAGGGCAAAUAAGUCAGAGAAAAUCCUGCAUUUUGCCUUCGAUUUUGCUGAAUAACAAAGGCUCUUUUGAGAGCCACUCAUGUUUUCAAAGAAAGGGUUGAUUCACUUUCACUAUUAAGUGUAAUGACAGAUUUUUAAAUAAAGUUAGUAAUUUGUGACGAAUCAAAACCUUCCUCCCCCCAGUACUUGUUGAAUGAAUUCAUCCACAAUUUGCAGGUUUUAAUAGUGCCAUUUUGGGCACUAAAAUCAUUAGUUACAUAAAUCCCUGGGAAAAUGGUUUUUCUGACACUUUCACAUUCUAUUUUCCAUUAAGUUUCUAAAGACUUCCUUCCCCCUCGCACUCUCACUCCCGCCCUUGUUUUUUAGUUGAAGAACUUUGUAGCCGGCAGGGUCUUUUAUCUGGUUCGAUUGAUGCCCGGAAAUCUUCAUUAAAAGUCCUUGCUCUCCUCUCCUUCGCCCAAAUACUCAGCGGACAGGGAAGGAGGAAUAUUUUCUAUAUGCCAAGCCACUUCACCUGUUCCCAGUAGCUGAGGGCAGUCCAAACCAGCAUCUUCUGGUUUCAUUCCGUUUUAACCUCCCUUCCAAUGCUGGAGGAAACCAUUAGAUAGAGCAGGCAGAGAAGGCUGAAGCAAUACCUUGUUCUCCAGCUAACUGCUAUCAGAUGGGGAUUAGUUCCAGGUUUCCGUUUUUCCCUUUCUGUUUUCUGAUGUAUUCUAACUCGGGAAGUUGCCUAAAGAUUCCGCCUCCCAUGUUUCAUUUCCUGCGACUUUUGGGAAGAGAAAGCUCAUAUGUAUCUGGAAAGAAAGAAGUGUACAAUUAUCUGUGCUAACCU